UUUGACCAUUCGAGUUGUCAAUUAGUGAAGGUGAUGUAUGAUAUUUUGUGCUAAUUGGUAACGUUGUUUAUACUUGUAGGGCAAAAUUCUUUUUCUAAGGCGGACUCUGAAACAAAUAACCGGUGAAUUAGGAAACUAGAGCGACACGAAUAUUUAUAAGAUUCUAUAUAUAUCAACUACAGCUGAUACAAAACAUGGCAGAGGGUCCAGUACCUCGUAGACUCAUCAGGACACAGGGCAUUAGCGGCGAAGAAAUAUGUUGUCCAAAAGGGAUCUGGACACCUGCGGAAUAUCGCGGACUUGAGCAUUUUAACAUACCAUUCACAAAAGUGCAGAAAGCUGUUACGGAAGAUAACAAGAUAAUAAUAGUUGGUGAUGGAAACAAUGUACAGUUUAAAGGCAACAAAAAGCAGUAUGAUAGUAAUAUAAAUGCAAGAUUCAGCUGGUUUUCUGUUUUCAUUAAUGAUGAAACACUCGCAGAAAUUGCCGAGAAAAGAGGACCACAACAAGAACGCGGUGACCUAUUCUUACCAGGUCGGUCGCGAUAUGGGACGGAAGUAUUUACCGUUGAUUUUGAUAAAAUAAUCCAGGAAUAUGAAACUUGCUGUAAUGGAAAAGCCCGUAUAUCUAUUCUGGGAACAUAUGUAUACAGACGAGAAGUUAUGCACGCCUAUGUUAUAGCUCCAGAAGGUUUCUUCGGUGACCAUCCACGUGUUGCGACGAGGACAGAUGAUGGAAUAUUUACUUGGAACGAUAAUCUGCAAGACAGAGAGACGAUCUUAACAUCACCAGAGCAGGGCAGGUACAAUUGGAAAACAUUUUCAACCAUUGCAUGGGAUGGCUCGUGCGAAGGCAACAGUCGAUAUAAAAAGUGGGGUCACCUGACAUUUGCCUUUUACUUAGAUUGCUUACCAAAUGAAACACUUGUCAUACCAAAUGAUAUCGGAUCUUGGGGGAAAUGUAAUGAAAGCAAACCUUUUCUCGGCACUGUUUUUCAACCUGAUGCAGAUGAUCCCAGCUCAGACGAUGACGUGUAGAGUAUUAACAGUAAUUUUCUAGUCCAGUAUUCGCCCUACUACAGUGGAUAUUUUAAUAGAGGUUAGAAAGAUACUUUAAUGUAAAUUGCUAGAAAUCUCGUAUAUACCUGAAUCGUAGCACUGCUUAUUUUAUUAUUUCAAGAGAAUUUUUAAAUAGCCGUGUGUCCUCGGCACUGAACUUCUGAAACCUGAUCUGGAUGAUAUCGACGACGACAAUGCCAUUUGUCCCAGCUUGACGGCAGUACUGAAUGUAGUGAUGAAAAUUAGCAUCAUCAGUACAGUAAUUUUCCUGUAUGCAUAAGACAUUUUCGUGCAGAUUGCUAGAAAUUCAUACUAGAGCACUGUACGUAAGAAAGUACGUACUAAAGAAGUCUUUCACAGUUUAUCAUCCUGUACUUCGUCUCAGUGUAACUUCGUAUCGGCACUGCGCACACUGACAUACCAUUUAUUAUAUAAAAAAAUCGGAGGCGGACGGUUACCAAAAAAAGCAUAACAGGUGAUAGUUAUAAUGAACAGAAAGAGUUUUUAAGGCAACGACAGUUGUAUGAUAAUAGACACAUGGUGGAUUUUGUGCGGGAUAUGUGUCUAGAGUAUGCAUACGUGUGCCAGGGGAAGAUCGAUAUUACAACAGAAGAACAGCUGGAAAAAAUCCCAAACAUUAUUUGAAAUGGUGAAUGUAUUUACUCAGCUGGCAUUAUCUUUCUCCAGGGUUGCUUGCCAACUGAAACACUUGUGUCACUAGACAGUACCGGAAAAGGAGAAAAACUUGAUUUUCACCAAAGAUUUUAGUAACUAUCAGCUUAAUCCUGAUAGGGACCGUAUCAUUGACAAUAUAUACUAGAAAGAUGUAGGAGACAGUUACUAGUAGAAAAUAAUGAUUUAACAACAGUGCGAUGCCAUUCGUGCGAGAGAAUAUUUUUUGACAAUUAAAAUUAAGCUGCAUUGAAAAAUACUUAGCAUUGAGGGAAGUACCUUUACACUAGACAUGGGUUUGAUAUACAUUCUAGUUUGUAUUUGCAGAUGCAUAUGAUCUCGAGCGGAUAUCUGUCAAAGAAAAUAACAGGACAAUGUACAGAAUCUAGCCAGGAUAUACAGUGUAGGAUUAAUUUAUUACCUUUAAAAUGUAGUCAUUUAUUUAAGUUGUAUUUUAUUUAUAAAUUAAGUUGAAUAAAAUAAUGAUGUGCAUUCAUGUAAAUGAAAUAUGUAAAAUUCAUAAUUUUUGCUGUCAUACAUUAAAGUAAUGCUAAAUA